UAGGGGGCAGUAGGGUAGUUUUUAGCGGUCUUCCCAUUUUCCGGGGAGUUAAAGUGAAACUGCAGCUGCUUCCUUGUUUGCGUCGCUUUAUUUUCUACAGAUUAAUCACCGCUGUUCGGGAUGUCGGCUGUAAAGAUGAGCGAGGGCAGUGUGGAGGUGGAAAGCUGCAAAGCUCCACUUUUCUACAGACAAAGCGAGCCGGCCGAGGGAGAAGCAAAGAUGUCGGUUCUUCUCCUUCACGGUAUUCGUUUCUCAUCGGAGAACUGGCUCAACAUCGGCACUCUGGAGACGCUGGCCAAAGCUGGCUGCCGAGCGGUCGCCCUCGACCUGCCAGAACUCGGUCGGUCCAAAUUGGCCAAAGCGCCGGCGUUGGUGGGAGAACCGGCCCCCGCAGCGUUCCUGAAGGAAGUGUGUGAACAGCUGAGUUUGAGCCCUGCCAUAGUGAUCAGCCCGUCACUCAGUGGGAUGUACUCCCUCCCUUUCCUCCUGGAGCAUCAGCCUCUAAUACGAGCCUACGUUCCCAUAGCGCCAAUCUGCACUGAAAAAUUCACAGCAGAACAGUACCGGAGCGUCAAGGUCCCGACGCUGAUCGUUUACGGCGACCAGGACACUCAGCUCGGAGAGGCGUCGCUCCGUAACCUGAGCAAUCUGACGAAUCACAGGGUGGUGGUAAUGAAGGGAGCAGGACAUCCGUGUUACCUUGACGACCCAGACACCUGGCACAAAGCGCUUACCAACUUCCUGGAGACUCUGUGAGGCUCUUCGCUCAAUUUCAAACAAAGAAAUUCCCAGCUAACACACAAAGGACUCAAAGGAGCCAAACAAACAAAUCACUCACAAGACAUUCCUCAUACACUACAAAACUGAUUGCAAAUCAAAUCACUGGAAGGUUUUUAUGCUCAUUUUAUGUUACAUUUCGAAAGUCAGCGGCUUCUGUGACCACUAAGACAAAUGUCAGAAAUGUGAUAUCUCUACUUUUGCAGUUAAUAGUCUGACCAAAUCAAUGCCCAUUAAUUACUUGCAUGAACUGCUUUGGCUUUUUUUCCCCAUAAUGUUGUCGACCAUUACUGCCCUCUUGUGGACUGUAUCAGUAACUGUAGGAAAGCUUUAACACCUGAACCUGUUUGUAAAUAAACAAAUACCAGCAUGCACGUCUAUUAAAAACCUUGAGAGAUAAAAUUAA